GGACCAGAGGGGGUCCUGAGGGGCUGGGAGGGAGAUCUGAGGGGAUCUGAGGGGGCUGGGGGGGAAACUGAGGGAACAUGAGGAGACCUGAGGGGCCAGGGGGAUCCUGGUGCCGCACCUCAGCCGCCCUGCUCUGGGAGCCUCCCCCCCCCCCCCCCAGCGUGUUUUGUUUUUUUAUUUGUUUUUCUUCCAGUGUUUCCCCCGAAAACGCUGCAGGGUGGCCACCCGCUGAAAAGAACUUCUCCCUUUCCUUUCCCCGCAGGUGUAGCAGAGGCGGCUGGCGGCGAGGAGGGGGCGACUCAGGAGGGAAGAAACUGGAUGGCUUCUACGGUGAGCCUGGGUAAAGACACAUUAUUGGAAGAUGGAAUGCCACCUGCAAAAAAGCCCAGGAAGCUGCUGCCAAGCCUAAAAACCAAGAAGCCUCGGGAGCUUGUUCUGGUGAUUGGGACAGGAAUUAGCGCAGCGGUCGCUCCCCAAGUCCCAGCACUGAAGUCUUGGAAGGGGUUAAUCCAGGCCCUCCUGGAUGCUGCUAUUGACUUUGAUCUUCUGGAAGAUGAAGAGAGCAAAAGGUUUCAGAAGUGUCUCCAUGAGGACAAGAACUUGGUUCACGUUGCCCAUGACCUCAUCCAAAAGCUGUCUCCGCGCACAAGCAAUGUUCGCUCAACAUUUUUCAAAGACUGUUUAUACGAGGUGUUUGAUGACCUGGAAUCCAAAAUGGAAGAUUCUGGCAAACAGCUGCUUCAGUCUGUGCUUCACUUAAUGGAAAAUGGGGCACUCGUGUUAACCACAAACUUUGAUAACCUGCUGGAACUGUAUGCGGUGCACCAGGGGAAGCAUCUGGAGUCUCUUGACCUGACGGAUGAAAAGAAGGUGCUGGAGUGGGCACAAGAGAAGAGGAAGCUCAGCGUCCUGCAUAUCCACGGCGUGUACACAAACCCGAGCGGCAUAGUGCUGCACCCGGCUGGGUACCAGAACGUGCUGCGCAACACGGAGGUCAUGCAAGAGAUUCAGAAGCUGUAUGAAAAUAAGUCAUUCCUGUUCUUGGGCUGUGGUUGGACUGUUGAUGACACCACGUUUCAAGCCCUGUUUUUAGAAGCUGUGAAGCACAAGUCAGACCUGGAGCACUUUAUGCUCGUGCGGCGAGGAGACGUGGAUGAGUUCAAGAAGCUCCGUGAGAACAUGCUGGACAAAGGGAUUAAAGUGAUUUCCUACGGAGAUGAAUACGCAGACUUGCCAGAAUACUUCGAGAGGCUGACGACUGAGAUCGCCAUGCGGGGUCGGACAGGUGUGCUUAAGGAGGGACAGCAGCUGAAUGGCUCCGCCGCUGCCCAUGAUGAGAUAAAAGGAUGCAGCACUUGAGCAUUGGCCUUGCCCCAGGAGCAGUGCUGCAGAACCUCCCCAGCUCACAGACACCAAUGUGGUGGAUGGCAAAUGGCGUUUAUUGUCGAGUCCCAUGGGGUUAUAUAGCCGAGGCCCAGAGCGUCACUUCAGCUUGCUUCCAUCACAGGCCACACGCUACUGUCCAUCAAGGGAGGGGCUCCACCUUUCCGUACAGCGCGACAUCUUCCAGCCACCAGCCCCUAACUACCCACACAUCAGGCACAAGACAGAGGGCUGGGCAGUUCCCUCACACCGUUGCCUGAUUUAAUGUAGUAAUUGUGUUUUUUUAAUCAAGGGUGCGUUUGCCUGGGGACUGUUUUCUCCCCACCUCAACUGCAGCCUCCUGUAAUUUCAUACUUAGUGCUUUUGUAUUCUGUACUUUCACUUUAAAAUGAAACUUGAGCUUUUUUUUUUUUUACUUGAAGCUCUAGUUUUCUAGUCCUUUCUUUAUACUGUACAGUAUUUUGUAUGUUGAAGCUUGUAUUAAAGACCUGUUCAGCUA